AUGUGUUCGCUGGGCGCCGGCUCAGCCCCAGGAAGAUGGUGGCGGCGGCGGCGGCGGCGGCGGCGACUGAGGCGCUGCUGAAGGGGAGCACGGAGGCGACAGCAGCGCCCGCGGGCAGGAAGGUCGGGCAGUACCGACUCUGCGCCGCGUCUGGGGCCUGGAGGCCGGGGCCGCGCGCCGGGUUGUGUCUCCCGUGGGUGCUGUCGCGGGCGCUGCCCCCGCCGCUGCUGCUGCCACUGCUCUUUUCGCUACUGCUGCUGCCGCUGCCCCGGGAGGCCGAGGCCGCGGCGGUGGCGGCGGCGGUGUCAGGCUCGGCCGUAGCCGAGGCCAAGGAAUGUGACCGGCCGUGUGUCAACGGCGGCCGCUGCAACCCUGGCACCGGGCAGUGCGUCUGCCCCGCGGGCUGGGUGGGCGAGCAAUGCCAGCACUGCGGGGGCCGCUUCAGACUAACUGGAUCUUCUGGAUUUGUAACAGAUGGACCUGGGAAUUAUAAAUAUAAAACGAAGUGCACAUGGCUCAUUGAAGGACAGCCAAACAGAAUAAUGAGACUUCGUUUCAAUCAUUUUGCUACAGAAUGUAGCUGGGACCAUUUAUAUGUUUAUGAUGGGGACUCAAUUUAUGCACCUCUGAUUGCUGCCUUUAGUGGCCUCAUUGUUCCUGAAAGAGAUGGCAAUGAGACGGCCCCGGAGGUCACUGUCACUUCAGGUUAUGCACUGCUUCAUUUUUUCAGUGAUGCUGCUUAUAAUCUGACUGGAUUUAAUAUCACUUACAAUUUUGACAUGUGUCCGAAUAAUUGCUCAGGCCGAGGAGAAUGCAAGAACAGCAACAGCAGCAAUACUGUCGAAUGUGAAUGCUCUGAGAACUGGAAAGGGGAGUCGUGUGACAUUCCUCAUUGUACAGACAACUGUGGCUUUCCUCACCGAGGCAUCUGUAAUGCAAGUGAUGUCAGAGGGUGCUCCUGCUCCCCCCACUGGCAGGGUCCUGGGUGUUCAGUUCCUGUGCCAGCUAACCAGUCUUUCUGGAUUCGAGAGGAGUAUUCUGAUGUAAAGCUCCCCAGAGCCUCUCAUAAAGCUGUGGUCAAUGGGAAUAUAAUGUGGGUUGUUGGCGGAUAUAUGUUCAACCACUCAGAUUAUAGCAUGGUUUUAGCGUAUGACCUGACUUCUAGGGAAUGGCUUCCAUUAAAUCAUUCUGUGAACAGUGUGGUUGUAAGAUAUGGUCAUUCUUUGGCAUUACAUAAGGAUAAAAUCUACAUGUAUGGAGGAAAAAUCGAUUCAACGGGGAACGUGACCAAUGAGUUGAGAGUAUUUCAUAUUCAUAAUGAAUCAUGGGUAUUGCUAACACCCAAAGCCAAGGAGCAGUAUGCAGUAGUUGGGCACUCUGCACACAUUGUUACACUGGCAACGGGCCGUGUGGUCAUGUUGGUCAUCUUUGGUCAUUGCCCACUCUAUGGAUAUAUAAGUGUUGUGCAGGAGUAUGACUUAGAAAAGAACACAUGGAGUAUACUACAUACUCAGGGAGCUCUAGUGCAAGGGGGCUAUGGUCAUAGCAGUGUUUAUGACCACAGGACCAAGGCCCUGUAUGUUCAUGGUGGCUACAAGGCUUUCAGUGCCAAUAAAUACCGGCUUGCAGAUGACCUCUACAGAUACGAUGUGGAUGCUCAGAUGUGGACCAUUCUUAAGGACAGCCGAUUUUUCCGUUACUUGCAUACAGCUGUGAUAGUGAGUGGAACCAUGCUGGUGUUUGGAGGGAACACACACAACGACACAUCCAUGAGCCAUGGCGCCAAAUGCUUCUCCUCAGACUUCAUGGCCUAUGACAUUGCUUGUGACCGAUGGUCAGUGCUUCCCAGACCUGAUCUCCACCAUGACGUCAACAGAUUUGGCCACUCAGCAGUCUUGCACAACAGUACCAUGUACGUGUUUGGUGGCUUCAACAGCCUCCUCCUCAGUGACAUCUUAGUCUUUACCUCGGAGCAGUGUGACGCCCACCGCAGUGAGGCAGCUUGUGUAGCAGCAGGACCUGGUAUCCGGUGUCUGUGGGACACAGAGUCGUCUCGAUGUACCUCCUGGGAGUUGGCAACUGAAGAACAAGCAGAAAAGUUAAAAUCAGAAUGUUUUUCCAAAAGAACCCUUGACCAUGACAGAUGUGACCAGCACACAGAUUGUUACAGCUGCACAGCCAAUACCAAUGACUGCCACUGGUGCAGUGAUCACUGUGUCCCUGCGAACCACAGCUGCACAGAAGGCCAGAUCUCCAUUUUCAAGUAUGACAAUUGCCCCAAGGAUAACCCCAUGUACUACUGCAAUAAGAAAACAAGCUGCAGGAGCUGUGCCCUAGACCAGAACUGCCAGUGGGAGCCCCGGAAUCAGGAGUGCAUCGCCCUGCCUGAAAAUAUCUGUGGUAUUGGCUGGCAUUUGGUUGGAAACUCAUGUCUGAAAAUCACUACUGCUAAGGAAAAUUAUGACAAUGCUAAGUUGUCCUGUAGGAACCACAAUGCUUUUUUGGCUUCCCUUACAUCCCAGAAAAAGGUGGAAUUUGUCCUUAAACAUCUUCGAUUAAUGCAGUCAUCUCAGAGCAUGUCCAAGCUCACUCUGACUCCAUGGGUUGGUCUUCGUAAGAUCAAUGUUUCUUACUGGUGCUGGGAGGAUAUGUCUCCAUUUACAAAUAGUUUGCUGCAGUGGAUGCCAUCUGAGCCCAGCGAUGCUGGCUUCUGUGGGAUCUUGUCAGAGCCUAGUACUCGGGGAUUGAAGGCUGCAACCUGCAUCAACCCACUCAAUGGCAGUGUUUGUGAAAGGCCCGCAAACCACAGUGCCAAGCAGUGCCGGACACCAUGUGCCCUGCGGACAGCGUGUAGCGAGUGCACUAGCAGCAGCUCCGAGUGCAUGUGGUGCAGUAACAUGAAGCAGUGUGUAGACUCCAAUGCCUAUGUGGCCUCCUUCCCUUUUGGCCAGUGUAUGGAGUGGUAUACAAUGAGCAGCUGCCCACCUGAAAAUUGCUCUGGCUAUUGUACCUGUAGCCAUUGCUUGGAGCAGCCAGGCUGUGGCUGGUGUACUGACCCUAGCAAUACUGGGAAAGGGAAAUGCAUCGAGGGCAGCUAUAAAGGACCUGUGAGGAUGCCUUCACUGGCCUCUACAGGAACUGUGUAUCCACAGCCUCUCCUGAACUCCAGCAUGUGUCUCGAGGACAGCAGAUACAACUGGUCUUUCAUUCAGUGUCCAGCUUGCCAGUGCAAUGGCCACAGCAAAUGUGUCAACCAGAGUGUCUGUGAGAAGUGUGAGAACCUGACCACCGGCAAGCACUGCGAGACCUGCAUAUCUGGUUUCUAUGGGGAUCCGACUAAUGGAGGCAAAUGUCAGCCAUGCAAGUGCAACGGUCAUGCAUCACUGUGCAACACCAACACUGGCAAGUGCUUCUGCACCACCAAGGGUGUCAAGGGGGAUGAGUGCCAGCUAUGUGAGGUAGAAAACCGAUACCAGGGAAACCCUCUCAAAGGAACAUGUUAUUAUACCCUUCUCAUUGACUAUCAGUUCACUUUUAGUCUGUCCCAGGAAGACGAUCGCUAUUAUACAGCCAUCAAUUUUGUGGCUACUCCUGAUGAACAAAACAGGGACUUGGACAUGUUUAUCAAUGCCUCCAAAAACUUCAACCUCAACAUCACCUGGGCUACCAGCUUCUCAGCUGGAACCCAGACUGGAGAAGAGAUGCCUGUUGUUUCAAAAACCAACAUCAAGGAAUACAAAGAUAGCUUCUCUAAUGAGAAAUUUGAUUUUCGCAACCAUCCAAACAUUACUUUCUUUGUUUAUGUCAGUAAUUUCACCUGGCCCAUCAAAAUUCAGAUUGCCUUCUCCCAGCACAGCAAUUUUAUGGACCUGGUACAGUUCUUCGUGACUUUCUUCAGCUGUUUCCUCUCUCUGCUUCUGGUGGCUGCAGUGGUCUGGAAGAUCAAGCAGAGCUGCUGGGCAUCCAGGCGGAGAGAGCAACUUCUUCGGGAGAUGCAACAGAUGGCCAGCCGUCCCUUUGCUUCUGUAAAUGUUGCCUUGGAAACAGAUGAAGAGCCUCCUGAUCUUAUUGGGGGAAGUAUAAAGACUGUUCCCAAGCCCAUUGCCCUGGAGCCCUGCUUUGGUAACAAAGCUGCAGUCCUCUCCGUAUUUGUGAGGCUCCCUCGAGGACUGGGCGGAAUCCCUCCUCCUGGUCAGUCAGGUCUUGCUGUGGCCAGUGCUCUGGUGGACAUUUCUCAACAGAUGCCAAUAGUGUACAAAGAGAAGUCAGGAGCAGUAAGAAACCGGAAGCAGCAGCCCCCUGCGCAGCCUGGAACCUGCAUCUGAUACUGCGCCAGGGACUCUCCCUCAAAGAGGGCACAUGGUACACCAAGCUGUCGCAGGGGAGGGUGCGGGCAGGAAGCAGGUGCAGAACAGAAGACUGGAAACCCUUGAAGCAUCCACCUCAUGUGCAUGAUCAUACAAGCCGUGUUGAUGGCUCGUCCCUUCUGUGUCCAGCAUCUGACCUUUUACUUUCGCAUAGGAAAUAAUUUAAUUACAAGUCCAAGAAUAAGCUGCUCUACUCAUGGGUGGAGGAGACCAGCAUAGAACCAGUGAGAGCUGAGAGUGAUGCUGAGGUCCCUUGUGGAAAGUCCUCUUGGGGGUCUCAACUGCAAAAGUGAUGACCUUGCCAGCAGCUCUCCAGCAGGGUCUUCCGACACUCCUCAGAUGGAUUGUUCUUAUUUGAAGCUUGUUGUCUUUUUACAAGAUGUGCUUUUACUCUCUUCCAGGAAGUAGCUUUUUUCUAGCUGAGAACUAAUAACGGUGUGUCUCUUUGAAAGUCAUAUCAAAGUAUAAUCAAUGGGGCCUUGUUUUGUUUUUGGAGACAGGGUCUCACUGUGUAGCCCUAACUGGCCUGGAACUCACUAUGUAGAUCAGGCUGAACUGAACUCACAGGGAUCUUUCUGCCUCUGCCUCACAAGUGCUGGGAUAAAAAGCAUGCACCACCAGGUCCAGCAAAGGGGGCUAUUUUAAAUGUCAAGGUCAAUUGUGUUAGAAUAUAAACAAAUGUAAUAGAUAAUUCUCUAUAGCAGCUUGAUUAAUUUUAAUUCAUUUUCCUCUUUAUCUCACGCUGUCAUGCACACACAUACACACACACACACACACACACACACACACACACACACACACACACUAAGUGCCUAGACUUUAAAUAGAUCUAGCAACUGGAAAGUUAAUAAGCCUAAGUUUUUACAUGACUCUGUUUCUCCAUUCUUGUAGAAUUUAAGUAACUACCAUUGCAAUCUGUUCUUUUUCUAAAGUCUAGUUUGCAGCCAGCAGAGACUUCUCAUCCCAAGAAACAUUUAAGAGGGACUCGCAAUAGGGACUGAGUGACCACCAGCCCCAGCCUAGUAUCACUCUAAGCCUGAUGCUGGGCCAACCCUCUGGGUUCCUUCUGCCAAGGCACACAGAAGUGUACUCACUCAUGUCGUGUGCCUCUCUGAGCCGAUAAGAGCACUGAAUGUGUGGGACACUUGGCCCUGUCUUCCUGCAGCCCGCUCUCCCUGUGCCUGUGGACCAUCCCUAGGUUGGAUGGCGCAGACACUAGAAGAGGGAUGAUGUCUUGCAUUGGGGCAGCAUCUGCUCAGAGCCAGAAAAGGGCCCUGGUUCCAUCUCUCCCAAGUGUGGGUUGCCCAGUCUCCUCCCAGACCCAGCUGGUGGUGUGAGGAGGAAGUGGAUGCUAAUGAGGAUGAAAAGCACAUGGGGAGAAUGGAAGGGACAAGACCCUCUUCUAACAGAAAACGACAGCUAAGAGGGGUGAAUGGCCUCUGCUCUGUGCCCUGGAAUCCUGCCUGGACAUUGCAUCUCUCCUCUUAUGGUGCUCAGUGUUCUGGCGUUACAGCAGCCUCUCCGUCCUUCACCUGCUGCAUGUCCUGUGAUUCUGCUAGUGCCUGACUAGAACAGACCUCUAGGCAACCAUGCUCAAAGUUAGGACUUUGGAGAAGUUAACACUCAAAAGAACAAAAGCCGUAGCAUUUCACCUUUAAAUGCAGUGCCAAGAGAGGGGGGCGUUUCUCUAAGGCCAGCACUAACCCCAUUGCCGCCAAGACACUCCUGGAGAGAGACUUCCAAGCUGAACCAUAAAACACUGAUGCACAAAGCACUGCUGGAAGACUCGCCUCUCAAAACACUGCUUUCUCAUAACGUUAUUAAAGGACAGAAGUUCCAGAAAAGAUCCCAAUCUCAUUCCCUGUGCAGUUAAGAGUGCCCCACACCCCCACCAAAACCCAGCACCUAUAAGCAUUUGCAGCGGCCUAGCCCUUCAUCUCCAUAAUCACCAAAGGGAUUCUUGGCCAGAGAGAGAGAAAGAGAGAGAGAGAGAGAGAGAGAGAGAAGUCCCACUAGGGUUUGUUCUACAAGGAAAUUUCCCCUGCUUUGCUCAAAGGACCAAAUUUCUUUGGCCAAAGAAAUUGCUUCUAUGUUAGCUCCAUACCUUUAAAUAAUAUGUACCAUGGUUCCCACCUACCUGCUUACAUUUUUUUCCCCUUAGAGAUACUGUUUAUUCUUUGAAAAGGAAGAAGCAAAUGGCAUUUGAUUCUGCUCCAGUAGUGGAGAAACAGCCAACUCCACCUGCAUCUCCUUUAUAGCCAACAGCUCCCUUCAGGCUUGCAGCAGAAGGGAAUGGCAGGGACAAAGAGCUCAGCUCAGAGCCAGUUACCAAGAGGACGUGGAGUUGUGACCCAGAACUGUGUGGCAUGGGAGAGCAUGUAUAUAAAAUAGUCAUGAAGACACCGACCUUGCACUUGUACAUAACUAUACAGUAGUGUCCAGAAUGUUCAGACAUUCAGGGUGUACAUAAAACAGAAAAGUAUCAUAAUGUAUUUUUAUUAAACAUUAACAUCUGAGUCUCACCUAAUCUGUUCCUUUGCCAUAUACUGGGUAUCCAAGCUCUGAGAAGUCAACUUACCAGGCCCUGAUCCUUUGAUAAGGCCACACAUUGUACCACCAUGCUGGUGUGUUCAGUAGCCUUGUGCCCAUUAGGUAACUCUAAGUAAUGACUCAGCUCUCAGAAUACCUAAGAAGAGCAAGCAUGGUGACACACCGCUGUGAUCCUAGCAUUUAGAAGAUAGAGGCAGGAAGAGCAAGAAUUCACAAAUGAGGGCUGGAGAGGUGGCUCAGUAGUUAAGAACACUGGCUGCUCUCGCAGAGGACACUGGUUCAGUUCCCAGCACCUACACAGUAGCUCACAA